CGCGCCAUGCCGCCCAGGAGCUACCCGAUGGCAGAGCAGCUGGCCUUCCUGAUAGGAGGCAUCAUUGGGGGGCUGCUGCUGCUGAUCGGAGUGAGCUGCUGUCUGUGGAGGAGGCUUUGCACCACCUUCACCUAUGAGGAGCUGCCAGAGACGUCAGGCCCAGCCGCCACCUUUUCCUUCAGCAGAAAAGAGGACAGGCUGUACCAGUAUUCUGGGAUCCCACCUGGCAGGCUACCAAGUGUACCAUUUGUGGUGCCCCCUUCUCACCAAGGUCGAGACUGGGUGCCCCUACAUGGUGGUGAUUGGGCUGUGACCCCACAGGACCCCUGCGCUGUCCCAGAGCACAUGGCCUGCACCUCCAAUGCCAACCCUGGAGAUGCAUGUGUGACGGGGAGCAUCAACCCGGAGCUGUACAAGUCCCCGGAGGACAUGAGUGAGACAGGUCUCCCUGAUGGCUGCCUGGGCCGGCUGUGGUUCUCAGUGGAGUACCAGCAGGAGUCUGAGAGGCUGCUGGUGGGCCUGAUCAAGGCUCAGCAACUGCAAGUCCCCUCCGAGACCUGCAGCAUCUUGGUGAAGCUCCACCUGCUGCCUGAUGAACGGCGCUUCCUCCAGUCCAAGACCAAACACAACAUUUGUAACCCACAGUUUGAUGAGAACUUCGUCUUCCAGGUAUCCAGCAAAAGUGUCAUCCAGAGAGUGCUGAAGUUUUCCGUGUACCAUGUAAACAAGCAGAGGAAGCACCAGCUCCUGGGACAGGUGCUAUUCCCGUUGAAGAAUGAGACCCUGGCAGGGGACCACCACUGUAUCAUCUGGAGAGACCUGGAAGCUAAAAACCUGGAGCCCCCCUCGGAGUUUGGUGAUCUCCAGUUCUGCCUCGGUUACAACGACUACCUGAGCCGCCUGACUGUGGUCGUGCUCCGGGCCAAGGGUCUCCAGCUCCAGGAGGACAGAGGUGUUGUCAGCCUGUUUGUCAAGGUGUCUCUGAUGAAUCACAACAAACUCGUCAAGUGCAAGAGGACUUCGGCGGUACUGGGCUCCGUCAACCCUGUGUACAAUGAAACCUUCAGCUUCAAGGUUGACACCAAUGAGCUGGACACCGCCAGCCUUAGCCUGGUGGUGCUGCAGAUCACAGAAGGGAACAAGAGCAUGCCCCUGGGCCGCGUGGUAGUGGGCCCCUACAUGUACACCCGUGGCAAAGAGCUGGAACACUGGGGGCAGAUGCUCCGCAAGCCAAAGGAGCUGGUGAAGUGCUGGCACUCACUCUGCCGCCCCACGGAGCCCUGAGUCAUCGCGUCCCCAUCAGGAUAUGCAACACCACACCACACCGUGGACAUCUCCUCUAACACUCAGUGCACUGUGGGGCUAGCCUGAGCCAGUGGCUCAUGGGUGUUCAUGCAGGAAGGAAAAGGGACACAACCCAGCUUCAGCCAGUAUCUGGCCAGGACACUCUCCCAACCCACCUAACCUCUCUGGAUCUGCAGGGCUCCUGAUCAUCAAGGUCAUGACCUCAAACAGGAUCUCAGGGGUUGAGAACUGAUACUCUGUUUGGUGGAGCACAGCUGCAUGUGAAUGGGAGCACAGCACCAGCUAAGUCCCACUACCUUGGAAAACUGGUGGUGGGUUGAGUCCACAGCUGCACUGUUUUUCAAGCUGGGUGUUCUCUGUCUUCCACCCAGCAGAGCAACCUGUGGGCCACAACAGGGAGAGCCAUGUUGAGCAGCCCAACCACAUACCAGGAGGUCAACAAGGUGGUCAGCACACCUUGCUGUGUAGCUCCUCCCUGGAGCCAUAUAACACAAUGCAGCCAAAUUUGCACAACAUCUUGAGCACAGCCAUCCUCCUCAGGAUGCCACACCUCAUGCCCCACUUCAGGUGAUCUCUUGCUGGGUCUCAUGGUCACCUGGUUAUCAGAAUUUGGGCAUUCAGCUCCUAACUCUUACUUUGGACAGGUGAAUCCAUGGGACCAUGGUAUUAGCCACAAGACUGAUGUCUGUGGCAAGGGGUAUAAACUUCAUUAGGUCAGUGGCCCCCAGAAUCAAAGUCGCUGUCACCAAAUGCCUAUUAGUUGAUCUAGUAAGCAGCCACUGUGCCUGUUAUUUCUCUGUGUGUCUGUACCCUAAGCUGCAGACAGGCAGACAAGUCGAUGCACUGUACCUAAAGCAGAACUGCCUGCCUGUGUCUCUCUUGCUGUCUGCAGUGAAGUGACUUCAGUUAUAGUAGAGGGAGCGUUAUCUGGGCCUCUUUAGGUCCACUUCUGAUGUCUAUCAGUACGCAAAUACCAGUUCUGCCUGACUGGUCCAAAAGGACACACCAUCUUGUUCGUUUCUUCCUCUCUCACUUCACUUACAUUCUUUCAGGGUGACCCACACUGCAGUGGCUUCCAAUAGCUUCACUGCACGUGCGCGUGCACGUGCGUGCGUGCGCGCACACACACACACACACACACACACACACACA